CAGCAGCAGGAGACGAAGCAGGAGGGCAGGCUCCUUCUUGGCCAUUGGUUAGCCUCCUGCCCAUCGGGAGGCGGGGCGGGAGGGCUCUGAGGGUUCUCUGAGAGGCUGCUCUGCUCCCAGCCAGAAGAAGGAAGCAGCGCAGAGCCCCAGAGAUCUAUAAAAUUUGCUAUUGUUUACAACAGAUGGGUUAAAAACGAAUAAAACUAUACUGUUGCAUGUCUCUCAGUGGAGUGGGAAGUUACAGGUGCACUAGCAGCACUUGCCAUUUUAAUGGGCAGAACUGUUUGGCAAUUGCUAUAACAUACAUGUGAGUAUAUAUCAUUUACACUAUGUCUAAGAAGAGUCGCACAAAGGUAGAGAAGGCUGACAUGGAGGCUGAAGCUAUCCAAGCGUCUCAUGAAGAACUGCGGAUUAAAUUUAACAACAUCCAGACUGAAUAUCAGCAGGAAAAAGUCAAGGUGGGUAAACUGAGAGAGAAGUUGCAAGAAGUGAAACAAGAGGGAGAACAAGUUCAGCACAAACAUAAAGUCUACAUAUCUGAAUUGAAGGCUAAACUCCAUGAAGAGAAAGUGAAAGAACUCCAGGCUCUCAGGGAAAUACUGAUUAGACAGCAUGAACAAGAAGUGGCUCGUAUGAUGAAAAUAAAAGACAGUGAAAUUCAGAGAUUGCAGUCCACAGUGAAUAUGUUGCAAGAUGGAGCAGCUGACAAAGUGAAAACUGUCUUGUUAAAUGAAGCUAGGGAAGAAGCCCGGAAACUAUUUGAUAGUGAGCGGAUAAAAAUGCAGCAGGAGAUACUAGAACUCAAGUCAGGGAAGAAACAGUUAGAGGAAGCCUUGAGUAACAUCAUGCAGGCAGAUAAAAUGAAGGCAGCUGACCUGCGCAUUGCCUACCAAUCACAUCAAGAUGAAAUUAAUAGGAUAAAGCGUGAAUGUGAAAAGGACAUCCGCAGGCUGAUGGAUGAGAUAAAGAGCAAAGACCGAGUGAUUCUGGCUUUGGAGAAGGAACUUGGUGCCCAAGCGGGCCAUACACGAAAGUUGCUGCUCCAGAAAGAAGCUCUGGAUGAGCAGCUUGUUCAGGUCAAAGAAGCGGAACGAUACCAUGGCAGCCCAAAGAAAGAACUUCCUCUUGGAGCAGGAGAGAUAAAUGAACUGGUAGGAGGCCCAGAGCAACAUACAGAUGAGCGAGACAUACGGAGAUUUCAACUAAAAAUUGCAGAACUCAGUGCUAUAAUACAGAAGCUAGAAGACAGAAACACACUUUUAGUAGAUGAAAGGAAUGAACUGUUGAAACAAUGUCGAGACACAGAAGUACAGCUUAAGCCACUUGUAGAAAAAAACAAAAGACUGACUAAAAAAAUUGAGAAUAUGUUGCAGAAUAUACAAAGAAUGGAGGAAAAAAUUAAAAACCUUUCCAGGGAAAAUAUGGAAAUGAAAGAAAAGUUAUCUGUUCAGCCAACCUUGAGAAGGCAUACUUCGUUGAAUGACAUCAGCAGCAGACGGGAAGAAAAGGAAAUUGAAUUUCUUAAACUACAGAUCAUACAGCAGCAGCAUCUUAUUGAUAAUCUCACAGUGGAACAGGAGCAAUUGUUACACUCUAAGAAACAGAGAAGAAAAUCUGUGAAAUCCCCAAAGAGUCAUGUUGUGGAGACAUUUUUUGGAUUUGAAGAAGAAUCAGCUGAUUCCGAAGCAUCAUCAGUGACUUCCUUUACCACAGAUAAAACUGACAGGACUCCUGAUGCACCAAAAGAUUUGGAAUGUAUACAUGAACAACUAGAAGGAGAUCUUUUCAAAUGCCAAGCAAAAAUUGAAGACUUAAAGAAAGCUCUUACUGGGAAAGGACAGGAUUCUAAGGUGAUAGAAGAAAAACAAGUACUUCUCAGGACAAAUCAGAAAUUACUAGAAAAGAUUUACAAAAUGGAACUAGAAAAAAACUGGCUUAAAAAUGAAAUGGAGGAUGCCAGAGAUCAAAAUGAGCUCCUGGAAUUCCGUAUCUUAGAACUGGAAGAUGGUUCCCAUCAUUGGUUUUGCUGCUUAUACAAGGGACUAUGUUACAGGAUAAGUAUUUCUUUUAAAAUUUGGUACUUAGAUGGGAUAUCUGAUACCAAGAACAUAACACAACUAGAGAUAUUGGAACUCAAAUGGAUUCAUAGUUGGUGAUCUGAAUCCCCAUUAGCCUUAUGUGUGAGUUGGCUGUUUUGAGGUUUUUAUUGCUCUUCUACACCCUGGGUUUUCCCUAGGUUCUUUUCUUGAGUCUUGGCAGGAUGAUUCUCAUUACCAGUUCAGCUGGUUAUAUAAGACACUCUGUGAGCAGGACAAGAUCAUUGCUACUUUUGAAUUGAGUGCAGUCACAUUGUGUGAGCUGAGGAGUUGAUGUAUGUAUAUAUAUAUGUUGGCAGGCCACUGAGGAAGACUGUAGUCGAAACGCGUCUGGCCUUGAGUUUUUAUUAUUACUAUCUCAGUUUAUUUUCUGCAUUUGCAUAAUUUUAAGUGGGGUAUUUUUACCCAUUUAGAUAUUUUACUGGCCUUUUUCUUCCAGGGUUCAGUUACUCUGCCCUUGAAUUUUGAAAUUUUUAUUAUCAUUAUAUAUUCACUCUUUGCAUUUGCAGACUUUUUAGUGGGAUAUUUAUACCCUUUUAGGAAUAAUACUGGCUUUUCUGCUCCAGGGUUCAGUUAUUAUCUUAUUUCUUUAUACAAUUGCUUUUUUGUAAUUGGAAGUGGGAUACAAUUUAUCCUGGCUAUUUACAUUUUUUGUUAGAACCCUUCAGUUUGUUUUGUUUUAUAUAUCUUGGGUUUUUUUGGUUUUAGAGACUUCGGUUGGUUUAUGAUAAAAUAACAAACCUGACAGGAUAAUUUUAUUGAAAUAUUAUGAAUGAUGAUUUGAGGUGCUACCUUUAGAAUUCCUCUUGUGAGAAACAAACGGAAGUAACUUGCUUCAAUUAGAAUUACAUUUAAUUUCCUCUUCAUAAUAGAUAUAAUCCUUUUUUUCCUUUUCUUUUUGGAAAACAAGACCAGACUACCAUGGUUUUGGAAUAUGUGAAUGAAUUGUACUGACUUCACUUGCUUCUGUGCAUGCUUGCCCAGUAAAUCAUUUUAAUUCUUGAAAUACUGUAUAUCCAAAUUGUUUAAAUGUUGUGUGUAUGGCUUGGUACCUUUAUAACCAUAUUGAACAAAAUUUUCCCUUAGGAGACAGAAUGAAGAUCACUGACUUUUCAACUCUAUGUAAUUAUUGCCUUCUCUGAAAAGAAGAAGAAGAAAAGAAAGAAAGAAAGAAAGAAA